AUGAAACUUUCCAUUCUUUCAGUUACCCUUGCCCUUUUCGCGGUUGCAGGCGCGAUUCCAAUGAACAUGGAGAAGAGGCGUUUUGGUCAAGAGCAUACACCUCGUGCUGAUGCUGACUUUCAAGCUAUGAAAGAUAUCUCAAAUGGUACUGGAUUUGAAGCACAACUUGGUGACUUAUCAGGCGCCGCGGUAAGAGCUCUAUUGGCUAAAGCUGGCGCUUGCGAUCAACAAGAUGUUGCGGAUCAAUGUGUCGACAUUGCGCAUCAAAUCGGUCAAAAGUUUGCUAGUUCCUUUGGUCCACAAAAAGAAGCUGAUCUCAUCAAAGUUUGCCAAGAUUAUAGAACUCUCGAGCGCAACACUCCAAAUGUCGGUCAGCCCUCUGACCUUUGUAACAGGCCACCGAAAAACAAAGAACUUGAUGGUUUAGUCCAAGCUCAGGAUCCGGGUACUGCCGCUAAUGGAGCUACUCCAACUACCGCAGAUACCCCAACUACUACUACUAACGACCCUGCCACAACCACUACCAACGACCCUGCCGUCGACCCUGCCACAACCACUACCAGUGACCCUGCCGUCGACCCUGCCACAACCACUACCAAAGCCAAGAAAGGAAAAAAGAAGGCUAAAAAAACCACCGAACCUUGUAAAGACCCCUCAAAUGCCGGAGUCAACAAUGUUGCCUUCACUAAUCCCGUUGGUGGUGCUCAAAUGCCAUUGAUCACAAAGUUAGAUCCCAGUACUGGAGCCAAUUUUGAGGUUAACGGAAGCAAAUUCCAAAAUAUCGGUGCUGCUCAUAAUCGCCAAUGUGACGUUCAACAUAAUCUCUGUUUCAACAAAUUUAACAGUGGAGAUCAUAGUUUCCAGGGUUCGGAUUGUGACAAACAGAAUGAUGCCUGUAAAGCCGGUGAUCCAGUCUUUUCCAAUUAA